AUGGAAUCAUCCGCGUCCGGUUCAGGAGAAUCGCAAACUCAAAAAAGAAGUGUUAUUUGGAUGCAUUUCACCAAUAUAUCGGAAGCUAAUGCAAAGUCUAAUCUUUGUAAAAAUAUUUAUUCGCAUAAAAAUGGAAACAUUAGCAAUUUAAGGAAGCAUUUGAAAACUAAACAUCCGACUCUUUCAUUGGAAGGAGAAAGGGCAAAACGGCGGGUGGAAGACGAAAAUAUGACUAGGUGCAAAAAGAACUUAGUUUCAGGUACGCAUUACUACACUUCAGCUGAAAAAGUGAACCAAAAAGAAAAGUAUCGAUUAGGCAUAUCGAGAAAAGUAAACACGGCGGAUAAGUCACAAAAAACGUCCUCGUGCCUAGUGAACCUUUCCGAAUUCUUCACGGUUAUACAUAAUAGGGGUGCCGAGCUGUUGUGGAAGUUACGCACGAAAUUCCACAUACUUGAACAAAGUAGAUGGCACAUCCCUUAUGGCAAAUGGCUCCCAGUAAAAUUGACUGAAAUUUUAGUAUAUUGCUCUCCAUAUCAAUCUGAUCACAGGUCUUCACAAACAUGUGGUCCUAAGCAUGAUAAAUUCGAAAAUCAUCAGAGUUUACCGGCAGACACUAACAUGAUAUAUAUAAGCAUGGCUGUGACUUAUCGCUAGUUGCUGAUGGCUGCACAUUAUCAUUAACCAAUUUUUGAUUAGUCGUUGUCAAAGAAGACUGCAAUGCAUCCCCAAAUAUUGAAGGCUGAGAAAAAGUGAUGAAAGUUAAAGUAAUAACCAGCUCAAUUCUAACAUAAAAGUGGAAUAUUAACAUCCAAUUUCAGAGUUGUACUAAUAUUUCCUAAAAAGUUGUGAUUGAAUAUGAAUUGCACAAAGAAAUGCAAAGAAAAUAAAUGUUGACCAAAAAAAUAUUGGUGACAUUGUUUUUAGUCACAUCUAUGCACACCAUGGAAUAAUCACAUGAAGAGGAUUUAGAAUACUGCUCGAAACAGGCAGUUAAAUAAAAGGACAUACGAUCUUAACCAAUAACUUAAAUAUCUGCAGAUUCUUUUAAUAGAAAUCAUCUUUUAGGAAUUCCGACAAAAAAUGUCAAACGGAGUUAGAUUGCAUGAUCUCGCAAAGACGUCAUUGCCAGAAAUCACAUGAACAUCAGGAAAACAUGCCUAUGGCAAUUUCAAAGUUUACUUUGCCG